AUGUCUGACACUUCCAAUGAUAUAAUUGUUCUUUCUGAUGAAGAAGAAGAUAUUAAAAUUGAAUCAGUUAUUUCACCAAAACGUUCUAAAUCUAUUGAUAAACCUCGUCCAGUUCCAAUCAAUACAUCUUCAAAAUCACCUAUAAAACGUCAUGCACCAAUUCUUGUUUUAACUGAACCAAAAUCAAUAUCUUAUGGUAUUCAACGUGGAUAUAAAUUAAAACAUAUACAUGGUGUAAAACGUUUAAGUACUGAAAAUGAAUUAAUGUAUCUUGUUGAAUAUGAUUUAUGUGAUGAUUAUGAAUUUGUACCAUCAAAUAUUUUACGUCAAUAUUGUAAUGAAAAUAUUCUAAUUGAAUAUCUUGAAAAAUUAACUCAAUUUAUUGAUUAA